CUUCAAAAUAUUAUAUAAAAUAUAAUCGUUAAUGAAUCGUAGAUUUAAGACUGAAAUAUAAGACAAGCACCUCAACUAUGAGUAAGAAUAUGAUAGUAUUUUGAUCGUGAAAGAAGAAGAAAAUAAAAACUAGACUCCAUAAUCCUUAUUUAGCCUUUAAUUUUACCAAAAACAAUUUAUAUCACCCCAAAAACAACCUUCGAAAACAAUUAAUAGAUUCAAAAACAAUAAAAAAACUGCUCUCUCGUCAUUAAAAUAGGCAUAAGCUAUUUAUAGCCCUUCUUUACAUGAAAAACAAUUAAGAAUUCAUGCUCCUCCAUCUAAUUUUCGAAUAAAGCUAACGAAUUUUAAAUAAAACUUGAAUGCGAUCUCAAAAUAAAGUCUCCACACUCCUAGCACUAGAAUAUACGAUAGUUAACAUUAAUCAGGAUAUUAAACACCUUUGGAUAUUAAAAUGUCAAUAUCAAAAAUUUAACAAUUGCUGAGUUCUUCUAAACUGAAGAGUGGCAAAUUAGAUUUUACAAAAUUCAAAAAAUCAAUAUAUUGA